AUGACGUCAUCACCCGGUGUGAGCGGCAGUGAUCCGGAGCGGAGGUCCGUUGCUGGCCUGGCCACUAAAUCUGGAGGUAGGGGUAAGGUGGCUCACGGCCUGGCAGGGCCUGAUCUGGGGGGAGAGGGGCCUUCUGGGAGGUGCCGUGACGGACAGGGUGGCUCCCUGGUUCCUGGUAGUGGGGAAGCAGUGAGCAGUGGUAGUGAGGGAGAGGAGGGACAGGCCACGACAGCAUUGGUGGUUGGUGGUCCCAAGGUUAGGCAGAGUGAGUUAGGCCUGGGUUCUCUCCAGCUUAGUCCUAGGUGUCCUAGCCAGUUUAGUGGGGGUGAUGUGAGUUGGGCAGUGAGGCCACAAGGGGGGGGGCUUGUUGAUCUGGAGUAUGGGUCUGGGGAGGAAUGUGAGGAGUUGGAGCUGGGCCCUGGGGAGAUGGACUUAUUUUUAAACUCCUCUGAUGAGGAGUGUGUUCCUCCCUCCCCUGGGUCCUCCAGUAGGAAUGUUAGCCGUUUUGGGGGGUCAGCUGAGAGGGUUUCUGUGGGUCCUAGGCCUGUGUCUGUUCACCAUGCUGUGGGGGGAGGGGGUACGGCCAGGUUCAGGGAGGAGGUUGGGGUGUGUGGCUCACAUGUUAGCUUUUCUCUUCCAGAGCAUAGCCCAUCUGAACGACGGCCAGGGCCUCAACCUGGCCCAUCUUUGAGGGAGGAUGUCUUCGACGGCCUUGAGGAGGAUUUCUCUGGCUUGCACGGCUCCUGGACGGAUUCUAUUCGUUUGGAGCCUGAUGACGGUCCACAGCAGGAUGUGCGGCCUGUUGGGCAUAAGGAGGAUCAACCACGGCAGUUGGCACAACAGGGACGGCCAGCUGUCACUUCUACUGGAGGUGGUCGAGAGAUUACGGGGCAACGCAGCAGCGGGCUCCAGGCAACUUUCAGCGGUCCUUCAGGCAUCAGGACUACGGAGAGCACUUCAGCAGUGGCAGCGUUUCCGGGAAUUGGUACCACAUGCAGACGAGGAGGGAUGCCCGUGUCCGAGUUUCUUGUGGCGACUUGGGGUGGAGGACUGGCUGGACUGGUGAAGAACUCAUUGGCACCAGGUACUUGGGCAGCUUAUUCAAGAGUGUGGUUGGAGUGGGAGACUAGGUUGUUGUCCCAGGGUUUACGUGAAGGGGAGGUUGAUGGUACUGGUGCGUUGCUUGACUGGAUGUGGGAAUGGGGUGUUUCUCAGUUGUCACAUUCCGCUAUGGACAGGCGUUUGGCGGCAUUAGCUUUCCGCUUCAAACUCUUGGGUCUGGGAGAUAUUACCAAAGGUUUUUGUGUUCGUCAGGUGCUGAAGGGCUUGAAGAAAGGGUUGGGUGGUCCCUUCCCUGACCAUAGGCGACCUAUUACUUUUUCGCUGUUGCAGCAGGUGUAUAUGGUGUUACCUUUGGUGUGUUUGUCUGAUUUUGAGGUGUGUUUGUUUAGGGUGGCGUUUGUUCUGGCUUUCUUUGGAGCCUUUCGUAUUUCGGAGUUGGUUAGUAAGAAUUUGGUUUCUAUGGGAGGUUUGGCUUUUUCGGACGUGGCGUUGUUUGAUUACAAGGUGGAGAUAUUUUUGAGGAGGAGUAAGACUGACCAGCUGGGUGUCGAUCGUUUGUGGCUUGUUGGCCAUUCUUUCAUUUAUUGGGCUCGAAGAGCGGCUGCAGCCAAAGUGGAUGGAUUGCAGUUGGGUAUCCCUAAGUCGAGAUGUGAGGUCAAAUGGUUUGGUGUCAGGGGGCUACGUUGGGACAGGUUGUUGCCGCUAGUGGUGGAUUAUUGCAGACGCUACCAGCAUCCAACGGUGUUGUUGAUCCACGCGGGGGGCAAUGAUCUUGGUUUUCUGCCUCAGAGGGAAUUGGUGAGAAGCAUGAAGAGGGACAUUGGAAGGCUUGUGGAGUUAUUCCCUAAGAUGAGAAAUGUAUGGUCGGACAUUUUACCUAGGAUGGUUUGGAGGGCGGCUUGGGACCCAGUGCGCCUUGAUAAAAGCAGGCGCAAAGUUAAUAAGUUGAUGGGGUCAUUUGUCAGGAGACUUGGGGGCUCGGUGGUUCAUCAUCCAGACUUAGCUGAGGUUGGUCAGGGCGAAUUUUAUUUACCUGAUGGAGUGCAUCUUAAUGAUUUUGGGCUGCAGUUGUUCUUGCUCGAUUUUAAAGAGGCGGUUGGUUCUUUGGUGGGGUUGGCGGGACUGGACUGA